AAAUACAUCUCUGCAACAAGCAAGAUCGGAUGCGUCGAGGCGAUCGAUGAGAUUCACUGCAAUGGAGCAUGCAAUCAGCUGCUGUCCCCUCGUGCACCUGUAGCCUGCGCUCUGCUCGCACCACCACCACCACCGGCACCAACUCCGGCUAGCGCUAGCUGAAAUCCGGCCCACACAAUUGUAAACACUCCCUUGGAUUAUACACGCGCUGCUUCAACAUGCAGCAGCCACCGCCGAGAAAGGCGAAAAUUGGCCAGGAUUUGAAGAACGUACAACAUGACCAGUGGGCGAAAUUGCAAAGCAAACAUCAAGCCGAUUCGGACUUAUUGGAAGAUGUGAGGGAUUUUGCCAAGCAGCGGGCAGCUAUUGAGAAGGUUUACGCACAGAGUUUACAGAAAUUAUCCACACAAUUUAUACAAAAGAGGACAUUCUCUUCUCCAACCGAAGGACCGGAAGAACAAAGAGAUAGGUAAGUGAUCGAUUGACUG